AUGACGCACACCGAGCACCCUAUCGAUACGCCGCCCCGCGCGCCCUCUCCCGUGCACCAGUUCGGCACCUUGGCCGUUCACGCAGGCUCUCCUCACGACCCCGUCACCGGCGCUGUUAUUGCUCCUAUUUCCCUCUCCACUACCUUCGCCCAGACGUCUGUCGGCAAGCCCGUUGGCGAGUAUGAGUAUACCAGGAGCUCCAACCCGAACAGGGACAACUUCGAGAAGGCCAUCGCCGCCCUUGAGCACGCCCGCUACGCUCUUGCAUUCUCCUCAGGCUCAACCACCACCGCUAUCAUCCUGCAGUCCCUUGCCGCCGGCUCGCAUGUCGUCUCUGUGUCUGACGUCUAUGGCGGAACUCAUCGCUACUUCACCAAGGUCGCCGCCGCGCACGGCGUCCACGUCACAUUCUCUCCCUCGAUUGAGCUGGAUAUCGAAGAUCUGAUCCGCCCCAACGAGACAAAACUGAUCUGGAUUGAGUCGCCCAGCAACCCCACGCUGAGCCUGGUCGAUAUCCGUGCUGUUGCUACCGUUGCGCACAGGCACGGGAUCAUGGUUGUUGUGGACAACACCUUCCUCUCUCCCUACGUCCAGAACCCCUUGGACCACGGCGCCGAUAUCGUUGUGCACAGUGUGACCAAGUACAUCAACGGCCAUUCUGACGUGCUGAUGGGCGCCUGCGCUUUCAACUCGGACACGUUGUACGAGCGUCUUUCUUUCCUGCAAAAUGCCAUCGGCGGUGUCCCCAGUGCCUUCGACUGCUGGCUUGCCCACCGUGGUCUUAAGACGCUGCACCUGCGUGCCAGGGAGGCCACAACCAACGCGACCCAGAUCGCCAAUGCUCUCCUUACCUCACCGCAUGUCAUCGCUGUCAACUACCCCGGCCUCCCUUCGCACCCCCAGCACCACAUCACUGCUAAGCAGCACCGUAACGGCAUGGGCGGAGGCAUGCUUUCUUUCCGCAUCCAGGGAGGCAAGGAGGCUGCUGAGCGCUUCUGUCAGGCCACCAAGAUCUUCACGCUUGCCGAAUCUCUGGGAGGUGUCGAGUCGUUGGUUGAAGUCCCCGGGAGCAUGACGCACGCAGGUAUCCCCAAGGAGCAACGUGAAGCCGCCGGCGUCUUUGACAAUCUUGUCAGAGUCAGCUGCGGUAUUGAGGAUGGAGAGGACCUCAAGAGAGAUGUGCUGCAGGCGCUGGAGAAGGCUGCUGUUGGCGGAAAACUGAAUAAAGGCAACGGCGUCUCCAACGGUUCUGCUUGA